AGACGAUUUAAAAGUGAUUUAUUGAAUAAAACAAUUUUUUCCUUAUUUAAUUAUUUUCGUGAAAUAUUACCAUGGCCCGGCCACUUAGUUCAGAUAUAUCAGAAGGUUUAAAGGAAUUAAUAAUAAAUAUAACCGGUUACAAGGAAGGUUCCAGCCGAUUCAACUCCACUCAAAAACAAAUUCACGAGAAGCUCAGAAAAUCCGACACGAUGUAUUUUCUCAAUAAAACCGAAGUGGACAGAAGCAUAGCGGGAAUGGCGGAGAAAUUCCAAUUCCACGGAUUCUUUUCGCAAGCUAACGUUUUACUAGAAGCUUACAAGGGAUACAUCACGGAAAACAUUUCUGGUUCCGAAUUGAUAUCGCACUUGAAUGUCGUUAAAUUUCUACUCUGCAUGUCCGAGCGACCGACUUACAAGUUUUUGGACCGUUUUCAAGACUUUGAGGUAAAGAAGCAGAUCGAAGAAGAAGAAAUCGAUUGGGGUGAAUAUCUCAAGGAAGGAAUUGAAUAUACCGUUCCAUCAAUUGAUAAUGAAUCAGAUAUUUCCGAUUCUUCGUCCAUUCACGAUGAAAUAGAUACUCAAGAAGAUAUAGAAAUACACAAAACUUUUAAAGAUAAGCCUACAAUAAUCGACGAAUACGAAAGAGAUGUAAUAGUGAAUCUAAGAGCAAACAGAGAAGAACUAUUUAAUACAAUUCAACAUACAUGGUACAAUACACAGCAUUUUCAUGAUGCUCCAGUAAGCGAUAGAAGAGAAGGAAAUAUCGGAAUAAUGUGGGAUUCGUUUUUAGAGAAACAAACAAUGGGCUUGAUUGAUAUCAAUAAAAAAACUGUCAUUUCAGAAUAUAAAGUUCUCAGAGAAAUAUUAUGGCAACUGUGGGAUAUGCAUGCAUCAUCUGUAUUUUAUUGGAAAAGGAACCAUUUAGAAAUCAGAGACAAUGUAACUAUUUCAAGUACUAGAGCUAUCAAUUUCCAAGAUUUUCUUCACAACCAAAUAAUGCCAUAUAUUAAAUUGUUGGAUUUUUUUAAAGAAUUUUCCAGUUCGUUGCUCAUUAAAGAUGAACUGUCUACUACCGGAAUACCUCAAACGUAUAAAAGUUAUACGAACGGAAUCCGAAAUUUAAUUAAACCUAUUUAUAAGGAACUUUCGAAAUUGGAAAACAAAAUAAGAGAACAAGAAACCACUUAUACAUUGUUAAAUCUCACUUGUGAUCUUCGAGCAAUUCUAGAGCCGUUAGUGUUGGUGAAGAAAAUUCACGAUUACGCUACAAUUGACAUCAACAAUCAGAGUAAUAUCGUUUGCGUUUGUUCGCUUUUGGCUCGUCUUCACCUCAGCCUUCGUUAUUCCUCGAAUAAAUUGGAUCAAGAUUUGAAAAUCACUCUCUACAUAGAAACGCUCUAUUACUACCUUACUGUGAUCGAUAUGUGGUUAAUGAAGAAUGAUCUCACUGAUUACACGCAGGAAUUUUUGAUUUUUAAUAACAAUACAAAUAGAGUAAGAAAUAGUCUAAGCGAUUCCAUUAGUUCUGCAAUGAAUGAUCAUUACAAUUUGAACUUUGAUGUAGUAGAGGAAAUCGAUGAAAAAAUUAAAGAAGACGGUAUACUUAAAAUAAUCACUACAUCUGUCAUCCAAAUCGGAAGGAACUUGCAUUUUCUGCGACUAUUAGGCGAUUAUUCUGUUAUACAAGAACAGAAAGAGACUAUAUUUGAAGAAUUUGUAAGAAAAACGUUAGAGGAACUUUGUACGAUUUUCGGACAAGAUCCAAAGGAUGUAACAUUUGAUGAACAAGAUAUUUCAGAAGAUAACGCCACCCCGAAAACUCCAAUAAUAUGCCCAGACGACUGUAACAAAUUAAACGAAAUGGAUAAUUUAGAAAAUCUCGUCGACACUUCUGACGGGUUUUUAAUGUUGGCUUUCAGGGAUUUUUUAAAGCCCCCAAAUAAAAUCACCAAACCGGAUAAGUGCUCAUUAUACGAUAAAAUUUCGAAAAUAACUAAAACCUCGUUUUUGAUAACGAACUUUUUCGAAAAAAUCUUAAACGAUAUACUGAAGCAAAGAUUCGCAGUGUCCUGCAUUAGAGUCAAGAACCUCCUUAUUGAGCAUCAUAUGCUAGAGAAGAAAUUCCAAUUCCUCAGGCACGUGUACAUGUUCGCCGAUAAUAUUAUUUUCGAAUUCUACAGGCGGUUUUUCGAAAAGGUGAACGCUGGAAAUAAAAAUUGGGGCAACGACUUAUGGCUCACCUCUCAUCUUCAAGACAUAAUAAUGGACAUUUACCCGGAAUUUUACGACAGAUGUUUGGUGGUGGUCCGCAAAAAUUGGACGAAUUGCGGAGACUCUUUGGAAGCCUGCGACACCAUAAGCAUUAAAAUGGAUAUCAAAUGGCCGUUGAAUAUCAUUAUAACCGACGCGCAAAUGUCCGUGUACAGGGAAACGUUCGAUUUCAUACUGAAAAUUAAGUGGGCACUGUACACUUUGAAUCACUUGUCCUUUUCAGAUUUAUCACCAAAAGACCCGUCCAAAAAGCACAAAUGCAGAGCCAACGCAUACAUCAACACCAGACUGAUGUACCUCAGAUUCGCCCUGAUAAAUCUCCUAAACGGUAUCCAUCACUAUUUAUUUUCCUUCGUUUUUGCGAAGUGCGUGAGAAAAUUCGAAUUGGAUUUCGAAAAGGCUAACGAUCUGUUUUCUAUCGUGUCUUCCCACGCGGAUUUCGUCGCGGAAAUCGGAAAAUUGGCGCGGGAAAUUAGAAGAUGCGGAAGAAAAGGGACUGCCUUCGAUGGCGUUACUAAAUGCAUCGUCCAGUUGAAGAGCAUGUGGGAGAAUAUCAAUACUGUCACGCCUUUAAAGCUUUAUGAAAUUUAUAGGAAUUAUAGGGUGUCUUUUGAUGCGAUUAAUCCGAUUAUAUCGCCGCAGUAUUUAUUCGAUUUUUAAUUUUAUUGUAAAAUAUUAGUUGAAUGUCGC